CGGAGAUUGAGUUCAGGACAAAGCUUUGAUCCGUGAGGUCUACAUCUUCAGCAAAUCAUUUCAAAUCCAUAUACCAUGGCCUCACCAGCACUGCGGAUACGAAGCAUCAGCUCUCGAUCAAUCGCCUCUCUGCGAUCGGUUACCCUAAGAACAGCCUCGGCACCUUCAUUACGACUAAGAUGUACCCCGACGAGCCGGCCAUCGAGUUCAUGGGCUGCUGCUGUGUCUUCGGCGUCGAGACUGGUUGAGCCUGAUCCGAAUCAACCUCUCAUCAAUCCGCUCAACUUGGUCGGUCCCGAGAUGUCAAAUCUUACAUCCAACAUCCGAUCUCUCCUCGGUUCAGGACACCCUUCUCUCGACACUGUCGCUAAAUACUAUGUUCAGUCUGAGGGAAAGCAUAUUCGUCCGCUCAUGGUACUGCUGAUGGCUCAGGCGACGGAGGUUGCGCCAAAAGUUCAGGGUUGGGAGAAGGUCGUGGAGGUUCCGGUGAACGAGGGACUCGCACCACCAGAGGUGCUCAAUGACAAGAACCCAGAUAUGAUGAACAUGAGGUCAGGACCAUUAACGAAGGACGGCGAGAUCGAGGGACAGACGUCGAAUAUCCUCGCCUCGCAACGGCGGUUGGCUGAGAUCACGGAGAUGAUCCAUGCAGCAUCACUCCUCCACGACGACGUUAUCGACGCUUCCGAGACCAGACGAAACGCACCAUCCGGAAACCAGGCAUUCGGAAACAAGAUGGCGAUUUUGGCUGGUGAUUUCUUGUUGGGACGGGCGUCUGUUGCAUUGGCGAGGUUGCGCAAUCCGGAGGUGAUUGAGCUUUUGGCUACUGUUAUUGCAAACUUGGUUGAGGGAGAGUUCAUGCAGUUGAAAAAUACUGUUGAUGAUGCGAUUGAGGCUACGGCGACGCAGGAAACGUUCGAUUACUAUUUGCAGAAGACUUACUUGAAGACUGCGUCCUUGAUUGCCAAGUCGUGCAGAGCAAGUGCGCUUCUGGGUGGUGCUACGCCUGAGGUUGCUGAUGCUGCUUAUGCUUACGGAAGGAACCUUGGUUUGGCAUUCCAGAUCGUCGACGACAUGCUCGACUACACCGUCUCCGCUACCGACCUCGGUAAGCCCGCCGGUGCAGACCUCCAGCUCGGUCUCGCCACCGCGCCGGCCCUCUUCGCAUGGAAGCACCACGCCGAGCUCGGUCCCAUGAUCAAGCGCAAGUUCUCUGACCCAGGAGACGUCGAGCGUGCACGCGAGUUGGUCGAGAAAAGUGAUGGAUUGGAGAAGACGAGAGCCUUGGCGGAGGAGUAUGCCCAGAAGGCGUUGGAUGCAAUUCGGACGUUCCCGGAGAGUCCGGCACGGAAGGCUUUGGAGCAGUUGACGGACAAGGUGUUGACUAGGUCAAGAUAGAUGGAGU